UUUCAUUAUAAUUACUGUUAGCUUGGUUCUUUGAAGAGAAAGGUGUCAUCAUGAUUCUAGUGAUCCUAUUUCUCAUCACCUGCGUUGAAUCUUAUCUUUACUACAAGAAACAAUAUCAAUUAGGCUUGAGUAUAGGCUGUAUUUUCUUUUUAUGGUAUGCUUGGAAUACGGCCUAUCCCAUUUUUACCUUUUCACAUGAACCAAUUCUUAUCACAUCUACUGUAUCAUCAUCAUCAUCAUCAGCAUCAUCAUCAUCAGGAACAGAUCAUCCAUCAUCAAAACAACAGCAGAAUCAAUCAAUUUCUUAUGGAAGUAACGAAAGCUAUCCCAUCCAUUUGAAGAUCAUCACGACUUCUCUCCAGUCCUCAGACCUCUCUCAUAUCUUGAUCAACAAGAAUCUUAUCAACGCCAACUCAAAUAAAGAAAAACAGAAUGGAUUUAUUUGGAGUUCAACAUUGAAUACUUCAGGAUUAUGGUCUGAUAUUGAUUAUACAUCCGGCUGUUUAGUGCGAAAAACGGGAUGGUCGGCAAUAAAUCAUCUCAAACGUAUAGAAUCCAUGGCAUCUAUUUGGUAUCAUCAGCAAGAAGAUAGAAUCUUAUUAUCACACAUCUUGCAAGCUCUCCAAUAUUGGUUCACUCAUGAUUAUACUAAUGAUGAUUGUCUAUUAUAUGGUGGCCAAGCUUAUAAAAACUGUCCUUGUGGUACAAUUGGCUUAUGGAGUAGAGCUUGGGAAUCUCAGGUGAUUGAGGUUCCUCGAUAUAUUGGGAAUAUAUGCCUCUUGAUCAACAAUGAACUAUCAUCUGCACAACGAAAACAAUGUAUCAAGUUCACUUCUAGGUCAUACUCUGUGGUGGAUCAAUAUAGUGGCGUCGAUCUCUUGAAUAUAGUUCACAACGGUAUCUCUUUAGCUCUUCUUCAAUCCAAUCCAUUAUUGAUUCAAGACGCUUUGGAUCGAGUAUCUAAAGAUGUAGUGAUUGCUCCAAAUGGAAAGGAUGGUAUACAAGUGGAUGGUUCAUACUUAUUUCAUGAUGCUCAACUUUACAAUGGCAACUAUGGUGAAGCUUAUAUCUUGGAUUUGAUCAAUAUCUUUGAUAUGAUGCGCAACGCAUCAUCCUGGUUCCCUAGUAAUACCACACAACAAUCAUUUGCUACUCUUCUUUCUGGAAGUGAAUGGAUGAUGUUUGGCACCAACUUAUCUUCUUCUUCAUUGACAUCUUCUGUGGUACGAUCUCCUUGGUUAUGGCAAUACAAUGUAUUAGGCAGGAUGAUUUCUUAUCGAACUAGCGAUUUACAAGGUACUGAUGGGGUGGCAUUGAAUAUCAUGCAACUGAAUGGGAUUCUUCAAUCAUGGUCAGCAAUUCAUAUCAAUGCUAGUACCAUUGGCAACAAGACAACAAACGCAACAACAACAACAGGAAAUGUGAUUCAACCAGAAAUACGGGCAUUAUCAUCUAUGAUUCAGCGACUUGAUCAUCCAUAUACGUCAGCAAAUCAAGGUCCAUUGAUGGGAACACGAUACUUUUGGAAUGCUGAUUAUCUUGUCCAUCGGUGUCAUGGCUUUAUCACUACGUUGAAAAUGAUAUCUACUAGAACAACAACUUGUGAAUGUUUCAAUGGUCAAAAUCUGAAGGGUGGAUAUCUUAAUGAUGGCAGUCUUUUUACAUAUCAACAAGGGGAUGAUUAUGUGGAUAUUUUUGGUGCUUGGGAUUGGAAAAAGAUACCUGGAGUGACCAUGAUCAACAACAAUUCUUCUUCUUCUUCACGAUGCGAAAAAGCAAAUCGAUUCAAAGGCAAAACAUCUUUUGUAGGCGCGGCAACUUUACAGUCAAGUCAAAUGGGUGUGGCAGUGAUGAAUUAUACGGAUCCACUUGAUGAUGAUCCUGGAGCAUUUGGUUGGCACAAGACAUUUAUUUUCUUCCCUUCUGUUUAUGCAGUUCAAAUGGAUGUAGUAUCUUAUGAUAAUCACAAUUCUUCUUCUUCUUCUUCUGUCAUGAUGGUCAAUACAACCUUGGAUCAAAGACGGCGGCGUGGUGAUAUCUAUUUGAAUGGAAAGCGAUUACAGCAACCCAAUGGAAUUUAUCACAAUGUAACAACUGUAUGGCACGACAAGAUACUUUAUACGUUCGACAUGCCUGUCAAUUUGACAAUGGAUGCAACAUCUCAUCCAAGUGAUUGGACCUCUUUUGGUGUUUCCAACAACAAGACGAAAGAAAAUGUGGAUAUUUGGUCAGUAACAGUCAUGACAACAAAGACAUUGACGUAUACAGUACAACCCAAUUAUCGAUUACACCGACAUCAAUCAGAGCCACCACUCGAAUUCAUUUAUACGGAGGACGUACGAGGUGCAUUCAGUGCAACGGAGCACUCCGUGAUGUUGGCGUUUUGGGCACCGGCAUCGAUCAGUAUACCAUGGUCACACGACGAUGAUGAAGGGGAUGAUGGCACAGAUAUCUUUAUUGAAACGAUACAUCCUUUGGUACUCUGUUUACAGCAACAAGUGGGCAAUGGCACCUGGGUAGUAAGCAUCAGUGAUCCAACACAAUCCUUAUCUUCGACAAACAUCAAGAUCUCCAUUGACCAAGAAGAAGCUCCUAUCCAAUAUGAUGUGAUAUUCCCUCAAGAUCAACGUGGAAGUUCUGUCACUAUGAUAUUGCAAGAUGAACCUUAGUAUAGUUUAAUAUAUUCCUUUCCCCUUUUCUAUUUUUUUUUCCCAAUAUGUAUAUCAAUAAAUCCUAUUGUUCUCUCUUCUUGAUCUA